AUGAAGCUCCUCUACAUCGGCGUACGCCCUCCCAUUCCACCAUCGCCCCGCCCCCACCGCCAUAUGGUCUAACACUCUCCAACAGAUCCUAAAGAACGAGGAGCAACCCGCCGUCGAGCUCUGCGCCGAGCGCGACCUCUCCUCCUACUCGCGCUUCACCCGCGGCUCCGUCGGCGAAUUCAUGUCCCUCUUCAGCAAGACCGUCGCCGAGCGCACCCGUCCCGGCCAACGACAAGACGUCGAAGAGCAAUCCUACACCUUCCACGCCUACGCCCGCAGCGAAGGCUGUGCCGGCAUCAUCAUCAGCGACCACGAAUACCCUGCCCUCGUAGCGCAUCAACUCCUCAGCAAGAUUCUGGACGAGUUCUUGAGCAAGUACCCGAGGAGUGCGUGGGCGAAUAGCAACAAUGAAUUACCCUUCCCGCAAUUGAAAGAGUACAUUCAGAAGUACCAGGAUCCGCAGGCGGCGGACAGUAUCAUGAAGGUAGGAGGGGCGAACAAUGCCAAAGCAGUAUAUGGAGUAUAUGGGUGGCUGACGUGGCGGACUCUCCACAGAUCCAAAAAGAGCUCGAUGAGACCAAGAUCGUCCUCCACAAGACCAUCGAAUCCGUACUGGAGCGCGGCGAGAAGAUCGACUCCCUUGUCGCCAAAUCAGACGGUCUCUCCGCCCAAUCGAAGAUGUUCUAUACCCAGGCGAAGAAGCAGAACAGCUGCUGUACGGUCAUGUAA